UACAACUCUUCUGCUUUUUUGGAGGGUGACAAACUCUGGAAAAUGAAUUAGAUUAAAUGGACCAUUCUUUUGCAGCCAUGUUUCUUCAUCUUCUGUGUGUAUGUGUUUUUUUAAAUAUAAAACCAUUCCACUUCACUACUGAUGUGUGGAUGGCACAUAUUUUUACCUCAGAGUAGCUGGAAUUAGUUCUUGAUAUAGAAUAGAAUAGAAUAACAGAGUUGGAAGGGACCUUGGUGGUCUUCUAGUCCAACCCCCUGCUUAGGCAGGAAUCGAUCAUAUUGUGGAAAGAGUUGUUAUGAUAGCAUAAUCAAUAAUGUGUGUUGUGUGUUGAGGCAUCAUUACAAUCCAAAAUUAGCAGGCAUCACAGAAAAAGCAAGAAGUCAAUUUUUAAUUAUGGACUGUUUUAGAACAAUAGCCUUGUUUUUGCAACAUGCUUACCUGGAGUGCAGGGGCAGAGUAGAACUAUUUAAUGGAAAAUAAACUUGCCCUUCCAAAUUCUGUGAUUGAGAGACUAUCCUAGAGGUUCUCUGCAGAAUUAGUGUUUCCUUAACACUUCUUUGAUUCAAGUGCAUCUCCUAUUUAUACAGUAAUGGCUGCUAGUACCAGAGAUGUACGUCUGGUUUGCAUAGUUUUGGUCAAUUUUAAUGAAGAAUAAUACCUGGAUUCUGUUGUUGCAAAUAGGCUUUUUGGUUUCUGAUAUGAUGUGUAUUUGAUAUUUGCUAACAUUCAAACUGAACUCUCCCCCCAAAUUCAGUUCAUAUGCAAUCCUCUAAAGAGGGCUGUAAAGCACUGUGAAGCGGUAUAUAAGUCUAAGUGCUAUUGCUAAGAGAAAACAUAGACUUCAUGGUUCAUAAUGAAUGAAUCAAUGUCCUUCAUGUUUUUCUAUAUACGACUAGUUCUCUGGUACUGAAUAACUUCCCAGGUUCUUGCUGCUUUAAUUAUAUGCCGUGCAUUUAGGAAUUUCCUGAAAUGAAUUAAAUUUUCCUGACAGUUAUUACAGUCUGAUUUUAAAAUGCCUGUUCUUUGAAUACUUUUUGUUAUUCAUACAUGUGGUUCAUUUGCUGACCCUCACUUAAUCCAUAUGUCUUGUCUGCAAGAGAGAAUGUCUUACAGUCAGAUAUUUAUAGUGAGUUAUUAAUGGCUGCAAUGAUGCAAUGAGCCCAGGAUCAUUUUUCAAUACAGCAAACAUCACAUUUUGGUUUUGACACUUGCUUAGAGUGAGCAGUCUGUGUUGCAAAUGUGGGAGAAAGAUAUGUGGUUUUAACCUGUAUGAUACUACAAAAAUGCAUGAUGAGGAAGCUGAGGAUGACAUCCCUAUUCAGCUUGUCAUUCAGCAAAGCCUACAUGACAUACCCCGGAGCAAGACGGUGACUACUGCAAAGAGUGACAGCUUUUGUUUCACAACAAGUCCAGAUUACAGAAAGAUCAUCACUGCCAUUCGGACAGUUAAGUAAUAGGUUCAAUUUUCUUGGGAAUUUAUAAAAAUACACAAAUGAACUCAAUUAGUUGAUACCAACCCUCAUGUGCGGAGGAAUUAAAAGUAGCACCUGCAGGUGUGAGGCAGCCUUUUAUUAUGUUAACAAGCGUUUGUUACUCAUUACUAAAACAAAGUGGUCUUUGAGUUUAAAGAACAUAAAUUGUAGAUCUUUCAUACUCGUAACAGGUGAAGAAGAGUCUUUACUUAAGUUGAUGAGGAAUGGAUCUGCUUUUCAGGAAGUAGACUCCCAAGGUUGGCUUCCUCUUCAUGAAGCAGCAGUACAACCAAACAAGAAUAUUCUAGAAAUUACUUUGAAAGCCUCACAUCCUACUGUCUGGCAACAGACCAAUCUAAAAGGAGAAACUCCUCUGUUUCUAGCUGUGGACAAAUGUCUUGUGAAAAAUGUCAAUGUUCUGCUAAUCAAUGGGUUUGAUCCUGAUACUAAGAAUGAAGAAGAAGAUUCUGCUUUAAUUAUUGCAAUUAAACAUGAAUCAUAUGAAAUUGCUUCCUUAUUGAUACAAUUUGGUGCCAAUACCAAUCUACAGUGUAUCAACAAAAGGACAGCUUUACAUGAGGCAGCCAGAUUAGGCUUGAAAGAUAUGGUGGAAUUACUGCUUUGGUCCAAAGCCGAUCCAGAUCCACGAAGUUCAUAUGGGCUCACCCCUCUAGCGUUGGCUGCACAGAAUGGGCAUACAGAAAUUCUGGAACUCCUACUGCGUAAAGGUGCCAACAUCCUUUCUCAAGCAUCAGAUUCUGCAUCUAUAUUAUUUGAGGCUGCUGGAGGAGGAAACCCAGAUUCCAUCUCUCUCCUACUAGAAUAUGGAGCUGAUGCCAAUGUCCCAAAGCAAUCUGGGCAUCUUCCUAUUCAUAGAGCUGCUUAUAGAGGUCAUUUCUUGGCUUUACAGAUUUUGAUUCCAGUCACAGAUUUCAGUGUCAUAAAGGAGAGUGGAAUCAGCCCAGUUCACUCGGCGGCAGCAGGAGGACAUUCUCAGUGUCUUGACUUUCUACUCAAAUCUGGGUUUGAUGCUAAUUUUAUGUUGCAUCGAAGAAUUCAGAAAAACUAUGAUGAUGAGAGAAAGUCAGCACUGUAUUUUGCGGUCUCUAAUGGGGAUAUUGAGUCCGCUCAUUUGCUCCUGGAUGCCGGAGCCCUACCAAAUCAAGACCCUGUUAAUUGCCUCCAAGUGGCCUUGAGAAUGGGUAACUAUGAACUCAUCAGUCUCCUGCUUCGCCAUGGAGCCAACGUGAAUUACUUUUGUAGAGUCAAUACAACCCAUUUUCCAUCAGCUCUACAGUACACUCUGAAAGAUGAAGUCCUGUUAAGAAUGUUGCUGAAUUAUGGAUACAAUGUUUCCCGUUGUUUUGAUUGUCCUCAUGGAGAUAGCAAGCAUUCCAAGUACUUAUUUGAAGGGUGGACCUCAACUGUUAUCAAAGACACAAUGUUCUGUGAAGUAAUUACACUGUCAUGGUUAAGGCACCUGUCUGGGAAGGUAGUGCGAGUGAUGCUAGAUUAUGUAGAUCAUCUUAGAAUAUGCACUAAACUUCAAGAUACUCUUCGAGAACAAAAACUGUGGCCAGAAAUCAAUGCAAUUUUGUCAAACACACGUCCUUUGCAACAUCUUUGCCGUUUGAGAAUCAGAAAAUGCUUAGGACGCUUACGUCUGCGCUGUCCUGUCUUCCUGACAUUUCUGCCAUUACCAAACCGUUUGAAAGAAUAUAUCCUCUAUAAGGAGUAUGACCUCUAUGGACAAGGACAUCUAAAAGGAUUCUACUAAGUCAAAUGCAUAAAAGUGCAGUUGGAAGAUAUUCUAUAUAUAAAUGAACAAAGAUAUUAAAGCAUGUUUAAAAUAGAAUUCCAGUUGGUACUAACAUGUCUGCUUGCUUUAUACUUCAGUACAAAAAAGUACUCAAACCUCAAUGCAGUUUUGCAGAUCUGAUUUAUGGCAUUUUUAUUUGCAAAGAUAUAUGAACUAACCAUGUUAAUUUGAAAUAUCUAACACCACAGAUGUAAUUUAUGUAACAACACUCAAAUGAUAUACUCUGGGAGCAGAUGUCCCCAAACCUUGUGAUACCCUAUCUUCUGAUUUCAAUGGACAUCUCAAUUGGUCCAGGAAAAAGGGGUUCCCUAUAAUAUAGAUUCUAUCUGUGGAGGGGGUUCUCCUUGCAACCCUUCAUAUGCUCACCAAAUCCACUGCAAUUAUUUUUCCAUCUUAGCUGCAAAUAUUGAAAGCAGUUUCUUAAAGAGUUAAAGACAAAAGUGUGCCUUUUGCUCAUAGGUGCCCAUAUUGGAAUGAAAUAAUUGCAUGCUGUUUUAACACAUAAUAUUUUCAAGAAGUACAAGCAGGGCAUAACUAUACUGCCUAAUCUUGACUUUUUCUUUACAAAUACUGUUGAAUAUUCCCUCUAGAAGGAAAACAAUUUGCAUGUGUAAGGGGUGUUAAUUGGCACCAAAAAAAGUAGGUCAUGUAUACACUGAUGGAAAGUCUUUUGGUUUGGUACUUGUAUUUUUAAGCAAGACUUCUUGUGUAUCUCUUAAAACUUAUAUUUAACUUUUAAAAUUUGGCUUUCCAAGUGAAGUUUAGUCUUAGAUUUUGUAUGUGUGCUAUUCAGAGAUCCCUUAAUAGCCUAAGUUUCUAUUGCCCACAUCCUUAAGAUACAACUUAAAAUCCUAUAAUGUGCCUUUUUUAUUGAGAGUAUAUUUAUUGCAACUUCAAAAACAUUUCUUUUACAACCCCAAAAGGUUUUCUUUGAAAAGCAGUGUUGUAAAUGAAGUAUGUAUUUCCAAAAUAACUGAGGUCUUGUCAUGUACCUUUACAUUACAGAUGUAAUGAAAAUUGUAUAUCGUCUUGUGUAUUGCCUACACUUAUUGUAUAUAUUUUUAGAGUUAUUUGACAUAAACACAAAAUAUUUAAAAUA